AUGAUAAUCUUGAGGAAUGUAUCAUAUUAUAUCAUUUUAUCGCUAAUUAAACAUGUUUUUUGCGCCUCGUUGACUAAUUUAACCACUGAAUACUCUAAUAUGAGUACUCGAAUUGAUUCAACCUUUCCCAAAUAUGUUCCUAACGAUUCAGAUGUUGAAACCUGUAUUUUAAAUAAUUGGUGGGAUCUAGCCAAGAAAAUCGUUCUUUUAUCUCACGAACAAGAUAUUGAUUUAUCAUCUUCCGUUCGCUCUUCAGUUGAGACUGUUCAAAGAAACUCCAAAGAGCUUUUGGAUUUACUCAGCAAACAUUACAACGAACUCGACGUGUACUUUUUAUUCUUUAAUGUAUUAAUUUCAGAGUUAACGCUGCCCUUCAAUGGGCUGAAUCACCAAAUGAAGUGUGCAUUACAAGUUGAGAAUGAGGUUUUGAAUGUGGAUAAGGAUAGGUUGGAGUACAGUGGGAUUGGAACUCAUUCAGGGAAGAGGAAGAAAUAUCAAGUGAAUUUGCACUUGUUCAACAGAGUUGUUGGUCCUGAGACUAAGGUUACGCCUGUUUCCAUGGGUCGAUUCUCAAUAACGCUAAAAAAGGAGAUUCCUGAGGUCUGGAACACUUUGAAUAAGAUGAACGAGAAGGUUCCAAACCACCAGAUUUGGUGGGAGAUGAAGGAAAAAUACCAGGAAGAAUGCGACAAAUUUAUCAGUGAAAAACUUGAUAAAGAGCUGUAA